AUGCACCAUUCUCAGCUGGCCCCGCUACCAAAUGACCUGCCCUUUCGAAUCGUCUCGAAGACAAUCGGGCAGGGAGCCUAUGCUUGUAUCAAAAAGGCAUGCCCCUCGCAUACGGACAAUCCCAUCUUCGCCGUCAAGUUCAUCCACAAAGAGUACGCCGCUCGACAUGGAAAGAUCAGUCCUCGGCAAUUGCAGAUGGAGGCGACGGUACACAAGCAUAUCGGAGACCAUUACAAUAUAAUCUCGUUCUUUCAGACCGGGGAGGACGAUGUCUGGCGAUGGAUCGCGAUGGAGCUGGCAGAAGGUGGCGAUCUCUUCGACAAAAUCGAGGCGGAUGAAGGCGUGGGGGAAGACAUCGCCCAUGUAUAUUUCUCCCAGCUCGUCAGUGCAGUGGGCUACAUGCAUUCGAAGGGCGUGGGUCACCGAGACAUCAAGCCGGAAAACAUGCUCUUGACGGCCGAUGGGAACUUGAAGAUUGCGGAUUUUGGCCUCGCCACCCUGUUCGAGUACAAGGGAGUGACCAAGCUGUCCACCACGUUCUGCGGUAGCCCUCCGUACAUUGCUCCAGAGGUGAUCUCUUGCAGCAGCAAAAGCCAGAUCAAAGGCUCGGGCUACCAACCGGAUCUGGUGGAUAUUUGGUCGUGCGGAAUCGUUCUCUUCGUUCUCCUGGCGGGCAACACACCCUGGGAUAGCCCCACGGAGAAUAGCUACGAGUUCCAUGAAUACGUUACAACAAAUGCACGCACAAGUGACGAACUAUGGCAGAAAUUACCGGUGGCUACUUUAUCGCUACUGCGCGGGAUGCUGAACAUCGACCCCGGGAAUCGGUUUUCGUUGGAGGAUGUACGACGGCACCCCUGGUAUACGCGACAAAACAAGUUCCUGUCUCCGGAUGGGAGGCUCCGAGACCCGAUUAACAUGGCUACGACGAUGUUUGAAUCGCUACAUAUCGACUUCUCCCAAGAUCCCCUUGCCUUGCGAUCCCGUGGCGGUAGCUUUGGUCCCGAGCGAAUGGAUAUGGGCGAUGAUCUCGAUGCCGACCAUAGAAUCUCUUCCACGCAGCCUGAGAUGCCGAGGGGAGGUAUGCUGGUGGACUGGGAUACUCCUCAGCUGGGCGAUACGUUUUCCUCGACGCAACCCCUGGGAAAACCUCUCUCUGCCGACGAUGUCUUGAUCGCCGACACCUUAGAGGACGAACCGUCGAUGUCGCAGUUCUCGCCUCAUCCUUCCGUGCCAUUAAGCCGUACUCAAAAGGCGCAGCGAUUCCGAGACAUCGUCCCGUCCCGACCGAUGACCCGUUUCUUCUCGACGUGGGAACUCAAAUUGCUGGUCCCUCUGGUCUGUGAGGCUCUACACCGGCUGGGCGUGCCCGUUCCCUCGGUUCCUGCCGUGUCGGCCGGGGACACCUCCGCAAUGAUACGCAUUGUGACGCGGGACGGGCGAAUGUGCUCCUUGCAGGGGAAAGUGAUCAUCGAAUGCGUCUCCGAGGGUCUCUUCGAAAUCGAGUUCAUGAAGGUGAAAGGCGACCCUCUCGAAUGGCGGCGUUUUUUCAAAAAGGCGGCCAUCCUAUGUAAAGAUGCCGUUUUCAAGCCUGACGACUACGAGCCAUGAUUUUGCCGACUUCUUUUCAACGUUUCUGGAUCUUCUUUGGUUUGGACUUCGUACUUUUUGUUUUCGUUUCAUUUUCUUAUCUCGUUAAAAGCUUUUUGUAUGAUUAAUGCAAUUCACGACGGAUUGGGUACGCACUAGGGGGACAGG